GUGCCUCCAAAAUUUUGGCCGGUCUGAAGAGCGACAUCCGAUGGGGGGAUCGACACUCGGAGAUGCUCGGGUCAAGCGAGGCUGGGGUCCUACACAUGGAUGAACUGUGGGAGGAGAGAGAACAGUGAGGCUGUCAUGUAAGCCGUCUCCUCUGGGGCCACCUCUCGGUGCGCGCUGCUUCCUGCCUCAGGUAGAAGCCUCAGUGUUUCUGCUGCUGAGGCGUCAGGCUGCUCACUCUGCUCUCCUUUCCCUCCCGCUGAGAACCGCUCCGCUCUCAAAUCACUGAAAUGGAGAAGAGCUGCUCAGAGUGCCCAGAGCCGACACUUGCACAGAGCCUGUGCACACUCUGCAACAAGUGGUUGUGUUACCAGUGCACAGAUGUGCAUCAGCAUCAGAGAGCCACCGCCACCUCCCAGUACACAGAGCUUCACCAACAGCAGAGGCCCAGUGCCACCCAGUGUCCCGACUUGCACCAGAGAGGCUCCAGCUCCCUGCCUCCUACUGGACAAGGCCCAGGGUCGUAUCCUUGUCCCCUCCUAAUGUGCCACUCUCAUAGACAGGAGCCCUUGGAGCUGUUUUGCGAGUCAUGUGACCUCCUGUGCUGUAGCAGCUGUCACCUGUCCUCCCACAAAACCCACAGGGUGUUGCAAAUCGGGAAGGCCCUCCAGGAUCAGCAGUGGCUGUUUGAGAGCCUGAUGGUGCAGGUGGAGGAGAGGAGGUCUGCACUGGAGAACAAUGCCAAACAGAUAGAGGACAGACUUCAUGGAGUAAAGAUUGCACACAGGAAGGCAGAGAACCAGAUUAAAAUGGCAAAGAUGAUUAUGAUGAACGAGCUUAACAAACGAGCUACCCUAUUAAUAGAGCAACUGGAGAAAAUCUCAGAGGACUUUCAGCAGCGUCUGGAGGACCAGCUGCAGGGGGCAAUAGAGACAUGCAGCCAGCUGGACCAUGUUCAGAAGUUCAUCACCUGGGCUAGGACCCACCACUGCAGAGGUCCAGUACUCUUCAGCAGGGCUCUGAUUUCACUUCAGAUGCAGCAGCUGGUCGAGCCGUCAGUGCGCUCAGAUUCAGGGUGGAGUCCUGUCAAGAUUAAAUUCAACUGGGAUGCGAGUUACUGGACCAAGCAGAUUUCUACUCUAGGUCAACUGAAUGUUGAAGGGGGAAACUGCACGUACCCUCAGAGCUUGUCCUGCCCCAGUAUCCUGAGGCCUCAGCCCCUCACCUGCAUUGCUCUGCCGUCUGUGUGUCACAGAGGAAGGGAACCGGGGUGUGGAUACCAGGCCUGCUGUGAGCCCCAGAUGUGCUGCCUUCAUGGCAUUCCCUCUCAGCCAGAUCUGUCCAGUCUGGAGAAAACCCAGCUGGAUGCCACUCUGUAUAACCCCAGCUGUGUUCAGCCGACCCUCAUCUCCUCCCUGCACCAGAGCCAGCAGCUCCAAAGGUGCUGGGAACCAGACAGCUCCACGCAAUGUGCUUCACCUUCAUCACCUGUCCCGGUCAUGGGAAACGUCCAGCUUAACUGCAGUCGAGGAUCUGCAUCCCAGCCCCAGGCUGCCGCCACUCAGCCACAGUCUCAAUCAAAGUCUUAUCUCUAUCACCAACACCAGAAAGAGGUUCUUUUGGACAGCCAAACUCAGUCUGUGGACCACAGCAGGCCAGGCCAGUGUCAGAGAAGGCUGUCAAAUAGCUCAGUUCUGCAGCAGGACCUCAGCCAAACGGCUGCAGACAGAGAUGUGAUGGCUGAAGAGAACUGGGAGGACAGAUGCAGGGUGGAGGAGGGUCUUGGAGAACCAGCUGGGGUUGAAAGUAGAGAGCUGGAUGAAGAAGAAGACAGGAGAGAGCAGAGCCCUGUCCAUCUGCAGCUCCAUGUUCAUCCUGCUGCAGAGCAGAGGAGAGAGGAGCAGAGGACCAGAGCAGCACUGGCGAUCAGAGACCACAGAGACGGCAGGAGAUCCACGUCCCUGGAGGUGCCGGUGACAGCCCAAGAGUGUGUAUCUGACAUGCAGAGCAGCAGACUCAGCCCUAGUUUGGUGUGCACGAGGAGGAAGAGACGCUCCCAGAGCAUCCCUGCAGAAGUGGCAGCCCCAUCGAGCAGCCCUUACUCUGAAAGGCCCACAGGAAGCAGUCACAGCCCAGAGGCAGGAGCUGCAAAUAAGUAUACCAGUGUGGACCCCAGACAGAGGAGGGCUUCAGACGGUGUGCUUUGUGUUGUCAAAGAAUCUUCGACUGAGAUGCCCCUCUACAGGCGCCACCGCUCUCCUCUACUGUCCUACAAGACUGAACCAGAGCAAUUCCUCACCUAUGUGAAUGAUGAGACUGACUUUAAGAUCAAAGAGAAAAGCAGGCAGUCAAGAAACAAUCACAUCAGUAACAGAGAGGACUCAGCAAGGCAAAAAGUUCCUGUGGUUUGUUUGGAGCGUCUCAAAAUACUUGUGUCUCGACUCCCCCCACAUGGACGACGCCAGAGUGACCCUUUACCCACUAGCGAGACGGAGAAGAGUGAAACUCUGUCACGGGAGAGAACCUGGCAUGAUUCAACUCCAGAAUCUAGCACAACCUGGAAUACCAGUGAGUUUGAAAGCCAAGGGCAAUUGAGCUCUCGUGAAGCACACACGCUGCCAUCCACUGACCCCAAGUUUGUACCGCAAACUUACUCCGCUGUGGAUCUAGACUCUGACUCUGAUCCCAGAUCAGUCUCAGAAGAUGCUGUAUUUUCUUGGGACGAUCCAGAACAGCAGCAAAACUCUGAUCCAUCCCCAGAGUCUGACCCAAAUGCAGAGUCUUCCUCUGAAGCUGAGGAGAAAUCUGUGCCUCCAGAAGAGACGGAGCUCUGCGGUGAAACAAGGGAUUCAGAGCCAAGUCUGGAAUAUGAGGAAGACCCAGGAUCAGAGGAUGGACAAGGGCUGGAUGCUGUCGAGGAAUCUGGUGAUGGUGGAUCAGAAUCAGAUGUCCAGCCUGAGUAUGAUCCCAGGUUUCAGGCUGAUACAGAAUCUGAUGUAGCAUCUGAUCAGCCUGCAGACUCUCAGGGCUCUGUGGAGUCUGAGCUUGACUUGGACUCUGACCCUGAACUGACAACUGAUGACCCACAGCCACUCCGCUCUGACCUGGAAGAGGACUCGCAUAUUGGUCCUGGUCAGAGACCACUUCUGAUUGCAAACCCUGCUGCUCAAAGAGACACAGAGGAUGAUCAGCCUGACCAGGACAGUGCAGCGAUGGAGAGUGAGGACUUUUGUGCUGUAUGUCUGAUUGGAGGAGACCUGCUGUGCUGCGACCGCUGUCCUAAAGUCUUCCAUCUAUCCUGCCACAUCCCGUCUCUGCUCAGCUUUCCCUCAGGUGACUGGGUGUGCAGCCUGUGCAGAGACAUCAUGCAGCCAGAGGUCGAGUAUGACUGUGAGAACACGAGAACAUCUGAAGAUCAAACAUCAGCACUCGGACUCACUGAAUGUGACCAGAGAAAAUGUGAGCGGCUGACUCUCCUGAUCCUCAGUAACAUUCUCAGUGCUCCCUUCCACGAGCCGGUCAGUCCACUUGCUCGUCAUUAUUACCAGAUCAUUAAGAGGCCCAUGGACCUGUCUGUGAUCAGGACCAAACUCAACAAGAGAAACAGCCGACAUUAUAACUCAGUAGAUCAGUUUGUUACUGAUGUCUAUCUCAUGUUCCGCAAUUGUGCAAAGUUCAAUUAUCCUGACUCUGAAGUAGCCCAAGCCGGCCGCAGUCUUGAGUCGUUCUUUACCACCAAGCUAAAAGAAGUCUUCCCAGACCAAGUUUUCCCAGGCACUGAGGUGGACUCUGACAGCGAUGAGUAUGACGAGGCUUACAGGACAGCUGAGAGUGGUUUCCCCUGGCCAGAGAGGAGGGAGCAGUGCCACAGGAAGAGGAAGAGAAGACACUCUCUCAAGUCAAGGAGACAUAACUUCUAAUCAGAGGUGAAUGGAGGUUGCCCGUCCGCCCACGAUAAUGCUGUAUUUGUGUGUAAUUAUGCUGUUUAUUUUUUAGCAGCCUGCGGGGCUGCAGCAGUGUUUCCAUUCUGUAAUCUGAUAGAGGCUCUAAUUAGUGGAUUGCAAUAGUAUCACAGCACUGCCAUCCGAUGGCAGCUGAACAUACUGAAACUGUAGUUUAAUAAUUUGACAUGCUGAAGCUGUUAUUAUCCUAACAAACAAUAACUGAUCAGAGCAACAAAGAGUGUAAAAGACCAUUUAAAAAUGUUCCUAUCACAUAUUUCAAGAACAGUAUCUCUACUAGAAAAAACCGAGACAUGAAAACAGUCUAUCUGGUUGCUCCUGCAGCCUUUAAAGUGAUGCUGCAGCUGUAACAGUAUCAUGCUAUAUCUCACCACUGAUUAUUUACUGUUCAUUCACUGAACUUUAAUCAUUGUAUUUUAUUAGGACUUGUUUUGUCUCAUACCUGCUGUACUUGCUGUUCUGUACAAAGAGGAUGCUGUAGUUAUACAACUUUAAUCUCACUCUGCGUCUUUAUUAAGUGGUUUAUUUUAGGUGAUUAAUGUAGCUCGAUAUACACAGCACUUUGAAACUUUGAAAGUGGUAAAUACUUUGCCAGUAUUUACUCUGUUUGUAAACAUAUUGUACAUUUAUUUUACUAUACUUGUUUAAUUACUAAACGAUUGCUGGCAAUUAUCAUAAGUUUUAAUCUUGAUAUGAUUCAGAUGAAUCAGGAUGUGAGUGGCUGAGAGAAAUAUGACCAGUGCGAGAGCUCCAAAAGGCACCCAGUAUGUAUUUCACUUUUGUAAAUGAUUACAUAUCCAGAAUAGACAAUCCAGGACAUUUUUUACAUUUAGCUAUAAAUUUAGUUUGUGUAUAAAUCCUUUUGGCUUUCCCUCUCACCUCUGUUUGAGCAAAAUGUUGUUUUCUAAAUAUCUCAGGCUUGUUAAGAGUGUAAGGUACAGAUAUCAUUAAGUAAUAAUGGUAAGGAACGUAGAGCCACGCUGAAAGGUAAAGUAGAUUUUCCUUAACAUUUAGAUGAAGUACUGCACAAAAUGAUUGUCUGUGCACUCCUUGAUUAUUGUCAAGAGUAGUGGUUAUACAGUAUGUGUAAUGUUACUUCUUUUUAAAUCAAUAAAUGUAACAAUAUUUCCUCUUGUAUGAGGGAAAACUGACUAGUUACUGUUAGUGUCUUAGACAAGCAGUCUUAUUUUCUUUUUGUUUAUUUUUACUGUAACAGUCAAUGAUAAAUGCACACAUAUUAACAUCAAUAAAUGCAUUCAAGGUAAAAGUC